AUGGGGAGGCGCCCAGCCAAGUGCUACCGGUACAACAAGAACAAGCCCUACCCCAAAACGCGAUACUGCCGAGGAGUGCCUGACCCGAAGAUCCGUAUUUUCGAUGUUGGGAAGAAGAAGAUGCCCUGCGAUGAGUACCCGGCUUGCGCACAUCUCGUGUGUGAUGAAGACCAGCAGCUGACCAGCGAGGCUCUUGAGGCUGCACGCAUUGCCGUCAACAAGUACAUGAUCACCAAUGCCGGCAGAGACUUCUUUCACAUUCGAAUGCGACCGCAUCCCUUCAAUGUUCUGCGAAUCAACAAGACCUUGUCAUGUGCCGGUGCAGAUCGCCUGUCGAGUGGCAUGCGAGGAGCAUUCGGAAAGCCGUAUGGCACCGCAGCACGAGUGGAUAUUGGCCAGGUGCUGAUCUCGGUUCGAACCAAAGACGAGAAGAUUCAAAUCGCUGUGGAGGCCUUGAGGCGUGCAAAGUUCAAGUUUGCUGGUCGACAAAAGGUCCACGUCUCUUCCAAGUUUGGAUUCACUCGCUUCACCCGAAAGGAGUACCAGAAUUGGAAGGCACAAGGGCGCUUAGUUCCGGAUGGGACAAACGUUCGCUGGCUGUCCAGUCGCGGACCACUUUGGCGACUGGUAGGAAGGGACAACGCUUAA